AUGACACUGGUCGAAGGUUUAUUAAGGUUUACAUUUCUGUCAGAAAUUAAAGGAACGUCGAAAAAUAAACGUGCAGUUUAUCUUACUGGAAUAGCAGGAAUCUUUCUGCUUAGUGGGUUUGGCAGUGCAUUAUCGACUUUGAAGAAAAAAAGUCCAAAAUUAUUUAUGAAAUCUUCAACAGUAAAUAACAAGUAUAAUGAUACAGGAAUGGAAUUAGCAUUAAGGGCACUGGGAUGGGGUACCUUUUAUUCUAUUACAACUUGUAGUAUUUUAUUUUAUGGUAUUUGGAAAAUGUCUGGAAUCAUUUCUGUUCUAGAAUUUCGACAAAAAGUAGAAAAACUUUUGCCACCAGUUUCUAAAAAGAAUUCAUCUUUAUAAGACAACACUU